AAACAAAGAGCAAGUCAACACACACACACACACACACACACACACACAACUUCCCGCCGUCCCACAGCAUACACGCCUCGCUACGCAUUCAACUCGAGCACUCGAAUCACGCUUGCACGCCGAUCUCAACACAGCGCACGACGCGCCCCCUCCCCCAAACAAACCAACACAAUGCAAUCCGAGCACCGCAAAAUCGAGCUCCAAAGCCCAGGAGAUCUCACCUACCUCACAAGCCAAAUCCGCACCGCCGCGCGUCAGAAACUAGACCUACACCUCCCCGCGCAACCGUCCGACUCGGCCGACGACCUGCGCGCGCAGACUGAAGUCCUGGUCGAUGCAUUUGUGGCACAAGUCCUUGCGGGGUUGAAGGCGAAUAUUACUAUUAAUGGGUUGGAUGUUGUGAGUCAGAGCCGGGGCGGAGGGUUUGACAACGGGGAUGGGAUGGAGAUGGAGGGGGUAGAAAGUGAGGGAGGGGUGGAGGGCGUGGAGAGAGAGGAGUUUGAGGCUUUUGAUGAGAAACUGCGGGCCAGGCUCGCGGAGCAGAUUAACAAGCGGGAUAAACUCAUCGCGAGCAUAUCGAAACACAGGAGGGAGACGCCUGCGGCGAGCGCACGGCGGUUCGAGGAACAAUUUGAGCGCGAGGCACAGGCGAUGGAGGAGCUGAGGUUAGCAAAGGUGCAGAAGGCUAAGAUGGUGGGCGAGGACGGUGGGUUGAGUGUGACGGUUGAGAGGGAAGAUGAGAUUAGAAGGAAUUGGGAGAGAGCGGUUGAGGGAUUGGGGAGGCUGAACAAGGGAUUGCCUGAGACGAGGGCGAGGUUGGAGAGGUGUGGGGAUGUUGUUGGGUACCUGGGUGGGGAGAAGAAGUGAUUACGUUGGUCGUGGAAAUGAGGACGUUGUUUGGCGUUAUGGGGGUUGUUUUGAAUUAGGAUGGAUACCCGUGUGUUUUGCUUCUAGGUGGCAGGAUUGCCUGCAUGAUUGGGCGCAAUGAUGUAAAGGCAAGAUCGAAUUGAAAAGUUCCAGAAAC